AUGCAGCCCCGCAUUGUGAUCGACUUCGACGCGGCCGACGAUGACGACGAUGGCGGUGCCGACUCGCUCCGCGCGCCAGCACGCACCCUCUCCGCUCCGGCCGGCGCGGCGGCGGCGCAGGGAGAUGCAGCCGGGCCUGCGUCUGGCGCGGGAGCCAAGCCUGCCGACAUGCUGCGUUCCAUCCAGAACAUGCGCCUCACCCUGAAGCGCCUGGAGCAGCAGAAGGCGCUGCACGCGGCGGGGGCGCCACCCGCCCUCGGCGGAGGGGCUGCGACAGACAUGCUGGGCAAGCAGGCCACGUUGCAGACGCAGGCAAGCUGGGCUGGGGAGCGCGCAUCCAUCGGCCGCAGCCAGACGCCCCCGGCGGGCCCCGCUGCACCGAGCGUGGCGCUGGGUGCAGAACCCGCAGCGCGCCUGGUACGCAGCAACAGUGCCGGCAAGCUGUCAGGCAUGGCGACAGGCGGCGCGGCACCAUCAGGCACAGGGGCAGCGGCCACCACCACGCAGGCGAAGCGACAGCAGCUCGCCAGCAACCCGCCCUCGGCACCCAAGGCGCAAGCGCAUGCCCCACAGCAGCAGCAGCAGCAAGACCCCCUGCAGGACAGGGCGGAGGGGGACAGCGGGGAGGAGGGGGAAAUUCCGGCUGCGCCUUCCAGGCCCCAAGCAGGCGGCGCCCCGCAGCAGCAGCAGCAGCAGCAGCAGCAGCAGCAGCAGCAGCGGGAGGCGGCCGUGGCGGCUGGCGCCUUCCUCCAGUCGCUGCAGCAUCCGCAGGCGCAGCUGGCGGUGCCGCACCUGCAGGCCAUGGCGGCGCAGCAGCCGCAGCUGCUGAUUCCCAUGCAGCACGGCCUGGGGCAGCAGCAGGUGAUGCUGCUCGCACCUCUGCAACAGGUGUAUGACGGGCAGCAGCAGCAGCAGCAGCAGCAGCGGUUUGGCCACCAUCAGGCGCCCCCUCCAGCCGGCACACCGCCCACCUCACCCCUGGUGGCUGCCCAGCAGCAGCAGCAGCAACCCCAGCUGCAGCAGCAACCCCAGCAGCAGCAGCAGCAACAGGCCCCGGAUCGGGAGGACCCCCCCGAGCAGCAUCAGCCACAACAACAGCAGCCGGCGCCGGCCAGCACGCCAGGCGGCAGCCCAGCGGGUGACCCGUCCCAGAUCCUCACUGCCCCGCAGCUGGUGGCGCUGAUGCCGGAGGCGACCAAGGCUCAGCGGCAGGAGUAUCUGCAGUACCUGGCCACACAGGGCGCCGCGGAAGUGGCGGCCGCUCGGCAGCGCGCUGGCGCCGCGCUGCGCCGCGCCGCGGACAAGAAGCUGGCGAAAAAGAAAGCGCAGCAGCAGGCUGAGCAGCAGAAGCAGCAGAAGCAGCAGAAGCAGCAGAAGCAGGCGCAGAAGCAGCAGCAGCAGGCGGGGGCGGGCAGGGCGCCGACGACCGUGGUCGUGUUGCCCGCCGCCGCAGCUCGCAGGGCGGCACACAAUCCGCCGCCCUUUGGCUCAACAGCAGCUGCUGGGCGCGCAGAGUUUGCAGCUGCGCUGCCGGAUGCGGACACCGGACCAGCCCUGCUGCAGGGAGCAACGGAGGCGCUGGCUACCGCGCGCGCAGCAGCUGCUGCUGCCGUGGCGCGGGCCGCUGCCUCCAGGGCGGGCGUGGGGGUGGCAGGCAGGGCGCCCCCCAUGCAGCCUUCAGACCCAGCCAGCCCUCUGCCGCAGCCUGCGGCAGCGCAUGCCGAUGCGCCUGUGGCCUCUGCGGCAGACCCCACGCAGAACGGCAGCAGCGCCAGCCAGCAGCCAGGCCCCGGCGGGGGCGGCGGCAUGGCUGCGCUCCUGCCGCGGGGCCUGCUGCAGACCCUUCUGCCCGCGGACCGCCACCAGGGAGCAGCUGCUGAGCUGGAGAGCACCCAGGCGCAGCAGCGGCAGCUGCUGCUCCGCUGCGCGGUGCUGCAGCAGCUGCUGGCCGAUUCUGCAGAAGCCUGGCAGCAGCUGGCCCUGCGUGAGCGGCAGCUGCAGCAGCAGCUGGGCCGCCCCAAAGGCCAGGAGCCGCCCCAGGCUUUGUUGCCACCCGCGCCCGCCGCCGCCGCCGCGGCAGUCGCGCCGGCCGCUGCCGCCGCCGCCCUGGCCGCCGGCCAGCAGCGGCGGCAGCGGCUGAUGGCGCUGGAAGCUGCAGCGCAGGAGCAGCUGGCGGCCCUAGCGCCAGCAGGGCCGGCAGCAGUUCAGGCGAUGGAGAUGGAUCAGCAGGAGCAAAGGACAGCAGGCGAGGGCGACGGCGAGGGCGAGGGCGAGGGCAGGCAGGCGGCUGGCCCUCCGCCAGCGGCGGCGGCGCCGACCGCGGCGCCAGCCAGCACACCUGCGUCGCCGGCUCCGGGCAGCGGCGGCGAGCAGCAGCCGCAGCCGCUGCUGCCGGAGCCUGCGGCUGCUUUGCCAGCGGCGCCAGCGCUAGCCUCCCCAGAGCCCGCCGCUGCGCCUGCAACUGAGGCACCUGCCACUCGGCAAGAGCAGCCUGCUGGCCCUGCUGCCUCAAAUCAGCAGCAGCAGCAGGCUCCGCCCCGAGGCACCCCUGCCAACAAGCGCAGCCGCAGCAGGAGCGCCAGCCGUGGGCGCGGCACGCAGCUGCGGCGGAGGCUCAGCGGCGGCAGCAGCCAGGGCAGGCGCCGCUCGCGCUCGCCCAGCUCCAGCAGCGGUGCCUCCAGCAGCAGUACCAGCAGUAGUAGCGGUACCAGCAGUAGCAGCGGCACCAGCAGCAGCAGCGAUACCAGCAUCGGCACCAGCAGCAGCGGCGGCACAUCGCCUGGCAACAGCCCACGCGCCAGGCCGCCGGCCCCGGUGCAGCCACGGAGCAGCAGCAGGGACCGGCCGCCGUCUGCCCGGCAGCAGCGCCUGGAGCUGCUGCGCCGUCGGUCCACCACCCCCGACGCGGCUGCCCUGGGCGCAGGGCGCAGCAGCCUGCGCGCUCCAGCUGCGCCUGCCGCUGCUGCUCCAGCCGGCGAGGGCAAGUCGGUCAGCGGCGGUGGCAGCGGCGGCAGCAGGGGCCUCAAGGUCCCCGAGAGCGUGCGCUCGCUCUUCCUGCUGGCCCUGCGCCGCUGCUGCAAGCUCUGGCACUUCCCCUUCUCGGCGCGCCGCAUCGAGGGCCAGAUGGAGGGCCUGCAGCGCGGCUUUGUGUGCCGGCGGGAGCUGGGGGCCCCCUUCUUGCAGCUGCUGCUGGCCAUGCAGCGCGAGGGCCACCUGAAGCUGGAUGCCGCCUCAAGCUCCUCAAGCAGUAGCAGCUGGCGCGUCACAGCAGCCCCGAGCGCGGCAGGCGCCAGCGGCAAGAGCGGGAACGGCAGCGCCGCCGCGGCUGCGGCGCCCGGCAAAACGAGCGGGAGAAAGAGCGCGCCGGCAGCGGCGGCGCCAUCGCCGGCCAAGGGGAGCGGGGCCGGCGGCAAGGACGGCGCGGCCAAGCCCUCGGCAGCAGGGGCCAGCAGCAGCGACAAGCAACCGCCCGCGAAGGAAGCAGCGGCAGCAGCAGCCACGGGCGCAGCAGCAGCAGCAGCAGCCCCCGCUCGGCUGCCGGCAGCCGCGGGAGAGCAGCAGGCGCCACCGAAGCAGCAGCAGCACCAGCCGGCCGCCAGCCAGCAGCACCCGCAGGUGCGGUCUGCGCUGGCCGCUGCCGCCGCCGCGGCCGGCUCGAUCCAGGCGGCAGCAGCGGCGACGGACGUCGCCAAGACCUCAGCUGCAUUCAAGUAUGCUGCAGCCGCUGUGCAGCAGCAGCUCGCGACGGGGCAGCAGCAGCAGCAGCAGCAGCAGCAGCAGGGGCGGCGGCGGGCGCAGCCGGCGACACCCGGCGGCCUCAGGGUGCCGCCGCUGGCGGGCGAGCCCCCCGUGCGCCUGCUGCUCACCCCGCAGCUGCCACCUCCGCAGCCCGCCCCCGCGCCGCGCCACCAGGCACAGCACGCAGCAGCAGCGGCAGCAGCAGCAGCAGCCACGGCGGGGCAUAUGCACGCGCAGGCGGCCCCAGCAGCCCGCCCCCCGCCGCCACAGCAGCCGCGGGGGGCGCCGCCGCCGCCCGCGCCUGCGCAGGCGGCAGCCGGCGCUGCAUCCGCUCGGCCCCCGCACUUGCCCCAGCAGCAGGCGCAGGUGGCGCGGCGGCCAGGCAGUGGCGGCGGCGGCGGCGGCGGCAGCCGGGAACUCUCCAGUUAUGCCGAUCUUGCAGGCACGCGCCAGCCAGCAGGCCCGGCAGCCCCGGCGGCGGCGGCGCCAGGCCGCCACCUGCCCGUCUUCUCCACCUCUUCGGUGCCUGGCGGCGCGGGGCUGCCACCCAAGGCUGCAGCGGUCGUGGCGCAGCAGCGGCAGCUGUGGCAGCAGCGGCAGCAGCAGCAGCAACGGCAGGAGUCCCAGCCGCCGCCGGCACCGCAGCAGCAGCAACCACUAGCACCACGGCAGCAGCAGCAACCGCCAGCACCGCAGCAGCAGCAACCACUAGCACCACGGCAGCAGCAGCAACCGCCAGCACCGCAGCAGCAGCAGCAGGCCCAGCAGCGGGCAAACGCAAACGCCACGCAAGCGGCCGCCCCCGCGGCGCCCGCAGGCAGCGCCAGCCAGCCGCCGCCCCGACAGGAGCAUCAGGCGGCGUCGGCGGCGGCAGAGGCUUUGCUGGCCGAGCUGGGCAGGUGCUUGGGUGCGCUGGGGAGCAGCGGUGGCAGCGGUACCGCCGCCGGCGGCGCAGGCGUCCUCGCCGCCCCCGGCGGCUUGCUGGCGCCGCUGCUGGCCCCCGCGCUGCUCGGCGCGGCGGCGCGGCCCGGCGGCGGCGGCGGCGGCGGCGGUUCUCCGUCAGGGGCAGCGGCGCCGCUGCCUGUUCCGCUCGACCGCGACUGGCCGCUGUGCCCCUUUGAGCUGCGGGGCAGCUGCAAGGACGCGGCGUGCAGAUAUCAGAUGGCGGUGGACCAGCAGCCUGCUGCUGCGGCGGCGGCGGCGGCGGCGUCCCAGCAGCCGCAGCAUGCGCGGCCGGCGCCGCCGGCCGCGCCCGCCAAGCGGCGGCGCGUGGCGGAGGCGGCCAUCCGGGAGGUGGCCCUGGAGCAGCGGCUGCCGCAGUAUGCAGUCAGCUGGCAGUUUGGCGUGGGGCUCGGGGCCCACGGGCACGGCAGGAGCAGGGCCAGCGCGCGCCGCCCCUUCUCCUCCCUGCUCCUGGCGCCCGCCGCCGUGCUGGAGCCGCCCGCGGCGCUGUUGGAGGCGGUGGGCGGCGGCCUGAGCGUCGCGCUGCGCUGGCAGCUGCUGCCGGGGCCCGAGGGCGCCGCCAGCCGGCUGCCGCGGGACGGCGGCGGCCCUGCAGCGGCCGGCGGCGCAGACGCGCGGCAGCAGGCAGGGAUCGAGGGGAGCAGUGCCGACAGCCGAUACUUUGCCUCUGGAGCAGCGGCUGCCGCCACUUCCCCUGCCGCUCCGCAGCAGCAGCCGCCGCCGCGGCAGCAGCGGUACUGGCAGCGCCAGUACGAGCAGCUGCUGCUGGAGCGGCCGCAAGACGAGCAGCUGUGGGUUAGCUAUGCGGUACGGCACGCGGCGGAGGCGGGCGCCGCCGGCGGCGCCGCGCUCGCGUCAGAGGUGCGGGAGGCGAUGCUGAAGGUGCUGAAGCGCGGGCUGGAGCAUCACAUGCACAGCGCGGUGGUGUGGCCGCUGUACCUGCACCUGUACUGCCAGCAGCCAGGCUGCUCUGCCGCCAUGAUGACCGACUCGGCCCUCCAGUUUGCCCCGCACAGCUACCGCCUGUGGCUGGUGGCGGCGGCGCAGCAGGCGCGGUGGCAGGAGGCGGCGGCGGUGCUGCAGCGCGGCGUGCUGGCCCUGUUCGGCCCUCCGCCGCCAGGCGCGGCCGGCGGCGCGGGCGGCAGCGGCGAGGAUGGCGGCGCGUGCGUGCCGGAGCAGCAGGCGGCCGCAGCAUUGGACCUCGGCCUGCGCCUGCUGCAGCUGCUGGGUGCGGCAGGGCAGGAAGAAAGCACGGCGGCGCUGUGCCAGUGGGCCUCGGCGGAGGGCGGCGGCGACGCCGCCCAGCAGCCGCUGCUGCCCCGCAGCAAGGCGGCGCUGCUGGCGGCGCUGCAGCGCCACCCCCGCCUGCUGGCCGCCCUGUGCUGCUGCGCCGCGUUUGCGGCGGCGCACGGGCGGCUGCCGCCGGGCGCGGAGCACAGCCUGGGGCGGCGCCAGUCGCUGGCGGCGCUGCUGCGCGGCUGGCCGCCGCCGCCGCCGCCGCCGCCGCCGCCGCCGCUGGCCGGUUCCUCGGCGGCGCAUUCGCCGCAGGCUGCUGCAGCGUGCAGGGCGGCGCUGGUCAUGGGUGCAGACAGCCUGGGGCUGGUGGGUGUCGUCCCGCAGGCAGGCUUGCAGCAGGCGCACGCCAAGCGUGUGGGCGGCGAGCAGCAGCGCCAGCAGGCGUCCCAGGCCCUUGCAGCAGCCAGCAGGCGGCAGCCCGGGGCGGUGAUGGCAGCGCAGGCGGCGCUGGCGCUCGCCAUGCUCCGCCUCGACGGCUUUGCCGCCGCCGGCGGCGGCAGCAGCGGCGGCAGCAGCGGCGGCGGCAGCGGUGGGCGCGGCGGCGGCGGUACCGGCGUCUCGCUUCUGGCGGAAGUGUUUCCAUGCCAGGCGGCAGCCGAGCCUGGCAUGGGGCUGGGGCCCGUGCAGCUGGCGGCGCUCGAGGCGGUUUGGCGCUGCUGGCAGGGGCAGGGGGACGCCCAGCCCGCGCAGCAGGCACAGCAGGACGCGCAGCAGGCGCAGCAGCAGGCGCAGCCUGAGCUGCUGCUGCUGCUGCAGGAGGCUGUGGCGGCGGCAGCGUCGGCGCCGGCCCCGGUGGGAAAGCGCGGCGCGGGCAACCCCGUGCUGCUGAUGUGCCUGCACGGCAGGCUGCACCCCGCGGCAGCCGCCCAGCUGGCGGCGGCGGUGGCGGGAUGCGGCCAGCCGGGCGCGGCGGCAGCUGCGCUGAAGCUUCUGAGCUGCUGGGGUGCUGGAUAUGCUCAGGAUCCGCGGCAGGCCUGGCCUGCCGGCGGCCUGCGGGUGGCAGAUGUGGUGGCCUCGGUCGCCCGCAGCAGCCCACCUGGCGUGGCGGCGGGCCCCGCGGCGCCGCUGGUGGCGCCAGCGGGCGAGCAGGCCCCUUCUGCUGCUGCCUACUGGCACCUGUGCUGUGCCCUGCACGCCAGCCUGGCGGCGGCUGUGCAGCGGCAGCAGCCCGGCGUGAUGGACGGCGGGCUGCUGCGCGCGGCCGUGGCAGCCGCCGCGGCCGGCGGCGGCGCCCUGGAGCGGCGCGUGUGGCGCGAGGCGGCGGCGUUGAGGCUGGCGGCGGCGGCGGCGGAGUGGGACCCAGCUGUGCAGGCGGCCGCGGUGCAGCGGCUAGUGGCGGCCGCCGGCAGGCAUGGGCAGGUGCAGGAGCCGCUGUCGUGGCCGCCUGUCGAGGAGGAGACACAGCAGCAGGCAGGGCAGCAGCGGUGGCAGGACCCUCUGGCGGCGGCGGUGCUGGCGGCGCCCGCGGCGGCGGCGCCCGACGCGCUGCCGCCCGCGCCGCUGCUCCUGGCGCUGCCGCGGGCGCAGCAGGCGGCACUGCUGGAGUCGCUGCUGCCCAGCUGCAGCCCCGAGGUGGCCGCCGCCGCGGUGGCGCUGGCGCGCCAGGCCUUCGCCUCUGCCUCUGCGGCCGCAGGGGCGGCGGGCGAGCCGCGCUCGCCGCUGCUGUGGCGCCACCCGGCGCUGAGCUGGGCGCUGCCGGCAGCCGCCACCGCGCUGGCCAGCAGCGUCCCUGCAGCGGCGGCAGACCUCUGGCAGCAGGCAAGGCGCGGGGGCCAGGCAGCGGGGGCGGCUGUCUCCAUGACUGCUUCGGUUUCCUUGCUCGCCGCCGCGGAGCUGGCGGCGGCAGCCACGGCGGCGCACCCCUUCAGCGCCGCCCUGUGGCAGCAGCGGCGGCAGCUGGCGGCGGCGCCGGCCUCGCCGGCCGCCCAGCAGCCUCACCCGACGGCCGCGGCGGUGCAGCAAGAGGCCGAGCGGCGAGGGCUGGCGCUGCCUACCCCUGGCGCGAUCGCGGCUGCCGCGCAGCUGGCUGGAGGCUUGUCCUAA